AUGGAAUCAAACCCGUCUGGUCUGGCCAGCCAGGCUCUCCUUAACAAAAUCGAUCAGCUGCGGGAGCUCAACGUCAAAUCGAUAGAGCUGCCCCAGCUUGUCGUUCUUGGAGAUCAGUCUUCAGGAAAGAGCUCAGUCCUUGAGAGCCUCACCGGAUUUUCCUUUCCACAAGCUCCUGGUCUCUGCACCCGAUAUGCCACCCAGAUCUCCUGUCGUCGCGAACCCGAGGAGUAUGUCGCUGUGUCCAUCAUCCCCCAACAUGGUGCAGAUGCAGCGACCGAGAACCGACUUCGAGCCUUCAAGCACAAUAUCUCCACACUUACCAAUGAGGCCCUUGUUCAGAUCAUACAGGAUGCGAACAAGGUGAUGGGGAUUCGCAUGACCGCUGAUGACACCGACCCCAGCCUGCACACCUUCAGCAAUGAUACCCUCAAAAUCGAAAUCUGCGGACUGGAACAAAAACAUUUCACAGUUAUCGAUGUGCCUGGCAUCUUCCGGGUCUCUUCGCCGCCCUUCACUACUGAUCACGAUGUGGACCUCGUCCGCAGCAUGGUCGAGUCCCACAUUCAGAACAGCCGAACCAUCAUCCUCGUAGUCCUACCAUCCAAUGUCGACAUUACAACCCAAGAGAUACUAAAGAUGGCAGAGAAGGCUGAUCCUGGUGGUAUGCAAACGAUGGGAGUACUUACCAAACCUGACCUGGUAACUGAGGUGGUCACUCAGAAAGCGAUCAAAGAUCUCAUCCUAGGAAAAGGGAAACAACUGCGACUGGGUUACUGUGUUGUAAACAAUCGCAGCGCGGAUGAUGAGCAGUCUACUGUGUGCGGGAUCGAAUCGCUCAAAAUUCGCCUCAGCGACCUCCUUAUGAACAUUACAAAGAAGGAGUUUCCCCAUGUCAAGGCCGAUGUUGCGAAACAACUGGAACAUCGUCGAAGCGAGCUGGAGAGGAUGGGACCGUCUCGGACUGAGCAGAGCGCUCAGAGUAUGUAUCUUGGGAGACUGGGAUCCAAGUUUCAGGCAGUCACCCAGUGCGCAUUGAACGGCUACUACGACAGCGAGGCAAUUUUCACAGAAGCACCUAACAUGAAACUGAUCACAGCUGUUACAAAGAUGAACGAAAAGUUUUCAGAUACAUUCUGGAAAAAAGGCCACAAGCGACACACUUCAUCUGACUGGAAUGAUGAAGGUGAGGCCGCACACGCUCUAGCUGAAAACGACGAUGCCGAUUUCGCCCAGGAUCUCCUAAAGCUUUACCCAGAGCUUCACGACAUCGUUGAGACGGACAGCUAUGAGUGCCCGAAACCAAAAGCGUUCAAUAAUGAUUUCAUCAUGGAUCACAUUGAGGAGGUUUACCAACUGAACCGUGGUCCAGAGCUAGGAACCUUCUCCAGCUCUAUUCUUUCUGCCACGUUCAGGGAACAGUCUGAGAAGUUCGAGCCACUUGUGCUCACGCAUGUCAGCAGGUCCAUCGGGCUUGUGCAUGAUUACAUCUCCAAUCUAAUCACUCGUAUCUGUCGAGAUAAGCAGGUUCGGGAUCAGCUGUGGGAGUUGAUUUUAGUGGACGCACUCUGUAAAACGUACGUCCGAGCGAUAGAGCAAGCCCGCUUUAUGUUGCGUAUCGAACGACAUGGUCGACCAUCCACGUACAACCACUACUUCAGCUCAGAAGUCCAGAAAAAGAGGCAGGAUCGCAUCAAGGAGAUUACUGAGGCGGCACGCUACACUACCAGCAAAGGCGUCGAACUUGUUCCUAUGGCAACUCUCCACAAUAUGGUCGUGAAUAAGGAAAAUGCACAACAGAUACGAGAGGAUAUACUCGAUGUUCUCACCAGCUACUACAAGGUAUCCAGAAAACGCUUUGUCAAUAAUGUAUGCAGACAGGUCAUCGGUCACUUUCUACUAGAGGGAGACGAGAGCCCACUGAAAAUCUUCAGUUCGGAGCUGGUAAUGGGCCUUGAAGAUGACCAGCUUGAGUUGAUCGCGGGAGAAGAUGCAGAGACAAGGAACCAGCGAUUCUUACUGAAUCGGGACUCAGCACCGCAGCAACAUCACCUUGCAACAAGAGUAACUCAACAAUCACAACUCAGAUUGCAAUUCUGAGAAGUGAGUUCGACUCGCAAUGCUUUUCUCUAUAGAUGCAGACCUUAAACAAGAAAAUUUA